CCUCUGCACACCGACGACUGCCCCGCGCGCGCCGCCCUCUGCCCGCAGACAUGGCGCCGCCGCGCGCCCUCCUGGCGUUCGCCGUCUUCUGCUCGGCCGUCGUCGCCGCCAGAGCUGCCGCACCCGACGCCAACUGCGACCUGCUGUUUGAGGGCGACCCAGUCUCCAGCUCCAGCUGGAAUAGCGCCCUCAAUGCGUCCAGAUACGUAGGCGACCUCAUGGACACCACGGAAGCCCAAGUAGAGUAUCUGGUGCUCACCACGAAGGAGGUGACCGCCUUCGCUGUCGACAGCCCGUCCGACUACAUCGAUGUGGUUUUCGAUGAGGCCGCCAGCACGCUGAAACUCGUCGUCAACGAGGAGUUCGCCAGUUAUGAACAGCAAAUGAUCUCUGCAUCAGAUCCGUCUAUAAUCGACAUCCGCAUCACGUUAACGUGCAGCGACACCAAUACGGCUGGUUUUGGCUUCAAGGUUACGGUGAAGGAUACGAACAACCAUGCGCCAGAGUUCGACAAAUCCAGCUACCCGUUCGACCUACCCAUGCCGCUGCCUUCAGACAUCGAUCUCUCUUGCCUUGUGGACGUGAUCAAGGUGACGGACAUCGACUUCAGCAAUUCGGACAUCACCAUCGACUUCGACGGAGAUGGAGCCAAACUGUUCCGUGGAGAAGCGACCUACUUGGGAAGCCGGAACUACGAGAUCCACGUGUACAGCACGACGGCUAUCGAACUCAAGGAGACCACAACCUUCACGAUGACAGCAAAGGACAACGGCACUCCUCAGCUGUCGUCUAACCCGGCCACCAUUACCAUCAACGUGAACCAGCAGACGUCGCCCCCCACGGCUCCCAGGUUUCUGCAGGCUGCGUCUCACAAGACAGUUGCCGCGGACGAGAUAGUGCCUGGCACUGAGGUAGCUUCGGUGACAAUAUCGGAAGGCUACGACACGGAUGUUAAAGUGACUCACUAUACUUUAGAUGAACCAGACGUGACCCCGACAAGCGACGCGUUCGCCGUGGACGUGAGGGCCGCGGCGGACGGCACCGCCACCGUGAGCCUGCGGUGGGCGGAGGGCGUGGCGCCGGAGGCCCUCCAGGACCUCAAGUACGCCCUCGUAGUCCUGCAGGCGACACGUGAGAGGGAAGUCUCGACCAACCAGAUUGCCACCACCGUGGUUCAUCUCUCGCUCCCGGGACUGCAGGAUCCGCCGACGACAGCAUGCCCGACUCUAGAGCCGUGCCCCACGACGGUGGAGUCCACACCGUGUCCUGAGCCGGAAAGCCCCACCACACUGCCUCCAGAGCCGUGCCCCACUAGCCCCGAGCCACAGCCGUGCCCAACAGCAGCGCCGAGCUCCACCACUGAACAGUGCCCGGAAUGCCCCUCAACAGCUGAGCCUACAUCCUGCCCUACCAGCUGUCCCACGAACCCUUCGUGGCCCACGACGUCGUACCCAGUGUGCAGUUCUUCGAGCAUCACGGAGCCGUGUAUCUGUGAAGCUCCUUCACAGUGCACGUCGGCCGAGAACACCUCUCCUGGUUCUACAACUGACUGUUCACAAUGUCCAACGACAGAGUGUCCGCCAACUUCUCCUAACACAUGUUCACCAUCUAAUGCUACUGAAUGUCCAGAAUGUCCAACGACAGAGUGUCCGCCAACUUCUCCUAACACAGGUUCAUCAACUGACGCUACUGAAUGUCCAGAAUGUCCAACUACGUGUCCAUCCACCUCAACGACUUGGCCUGACACAGGUUCUACAACUGACUGUUCACAAUGUCCAACAACAGAGUGUCCGCCAACUUCUCCUAACACAUGUUCACCAUCUAAUGCUACUGAAUGUCCAGAAUGUCCAACGACAGAGUGUCCGCCAACUUCUCCUAACACAGGUUCAUCAACUGACGCUACUGAAUGUCCAGAAUGUCCAACUACAUGUCCAUCCAUCUCAACGACUUGGCCUGACACAGGUUCUACAACUGACUGUUCACAAUGUCCGACGACAGAAUGUCCGCCAACUUCUCCUAACACAGGUUCACCAACUGACACUACUGAAUGUCCAGAAUGUCCAACUACAUGUCCAUCCAUCUCAACGACUGGGCCUGAUACAGGUUCUACAACUGACUGUUCACAAUGCCCGACCACAGAGUGUCCACCAACUUCUAAUACAGGAUCACCAUCUGAGUGUACUGAAUGUCCAGAAUGUCCAAUAUGUCCAACCUGCCCAUCGACUUGUCCUGACACAGGUUCUACAACUGAUUGUUCACAAUGUCCGACGACAGAGUGCCCGCCAACUUCUCCAAACACAGCUUCACCAUCUGACAGUAGUGAAUGCCCACAAUGUCCAACGACAUGUACAACAUGUGAGCCUUGUACCACUGCAGAGCCAACUUCUACCACACCAGCUCUGCCACCUGGGCCGCCGAUAGAGUUCGAGACUAGCAGGUACAGUGCUACCGUCUCUUCCGUCUACGUGGGGACGCUGGCGAGCCUCAAGCUGCAGGAGUACGAGUCCGGCAGCUACAGCCUCGACUGCCAGCUGAUGGACGCCACGGACUACGUGGCGUCCCGGGUGAGCGUCGAUCCGCUGGACGUGACCGGCUGUCAGCUGACCAUCGAUGCAUUCCUGCGUGCCGGCUCCUACGCAUUCAGCGUCCGCGCCAACCUCGCCGGCACCUCCUCUGUCGCGACAACGGAGAUGGCGCUGGCAGUGUCAACGACCAUCGCGUGCGAUGACUCGAAGUCUCCCAUCUUCCCCAUCGCGCUGUUGGUGACUUCUCAGCCCGAGAAUCAGACAGCAGCGACGAACAUCCUGCCCCCCACGGAGCUGGUAGACGGCGCGCAAUGCAGCUUCAAUUACAGCGUCGACCCUGCGAAGUACAGCGACUGGGUGCAAGUGGACAGAGCGACGGGCGAGAUGAACGUGACCGGCCUGGACUACGAGAGCGCGACCAGCCUGUUCAUCUCGCUGUCCGUCUCCUGCGAGCCUGAACCAGAGCAGCAGCAGCAGCAGCAGCAGCAGCGGCGGCGGCGGCUACGUCACACGAGGGACCAGCCAGACUGGCCAGAGUAUCUGUUCUACGACAACACCAGCAUGAGUGUGGUGCUGCAGAUCGAAGACGUCAACGACAACCCACCCGUCUUCACCGCCGGCGACCACAUAGUGGUGGGCUAUCCUACUGGAGACCUGCUGGAGCGCGUCCAGCCUGGACCAGUCGUCACACUCAAGGCCACCGACGCGGACGAGGGCGUGAAUGCGGAGCUGCGCUUCAGCCUGGACGCGGCGGGCAGCCGCUACUUCACGGUGGGCGCCGAGACGGGCGCCGUGUACGUGCGCGCCGACGCGCCGGGGCUGCCGGACUCCGGCGCCUCCUUCACGGCGACCGUCGCCGACCUGGCCGGCGCCGCAGGAGCGCUCACCGACACCGUGGUCGUGCAGGUGAAGCCGCUGAAGGACGAGGAACUGGUGCUGGUGGCGACGGUGGAGGGCGCGCUGCCCGAGGACGCGGACGCCGUGGUGCAGGGCCUCUGCGGCGCCACGGGCCUGGAUGUGCGCCUGCUGAGGGCGUACGCCACGGCGGCGGAGGGCGGCCGGACGCUGGCGGCCAGGGCGCGCUCCGGCAGCGCCCUCACCAUGCUGCUGUACGCCCUGGACGACCAGCAGGCGCUCGUCACCGUGCAGCAGUUCCAGACGCUACUUUCGUCUUCGGAGAUCAAAGUGGAGAACCUGCCGCCAGAGGCAGAAAACCAGGAGCCCACUGAUGUCACCGGCUAUAUGGCGGCCAUCAUCACUUUGGCUGUCCUCAUCGCAGUGGCCCUAGGUGGUGCUGUGGCAGGCUACUACUUCUACUUCAGGCCAAGACUGGGAGUUCAUAAGCAGACAGAUGAUUACACUAAGUUUGAAUCUGAUGCAGAUAAAGACAGUCCUUUAGAAUCACAAAUUCCACAAAUAACUACAACUGUUGAACCUAAUGUAUCAACAGUUAGUGAAAUAAUAGAACCAGUAAAUGAAGUGACUGUUGAGAAUGACAUGAUAACAAAUGAAAACAGCAAUGGAGUACUGGCACCAGAUUCAGAAGAUGAUUGGUCAAGGAAGAGAUCCAUGACCAUUCGAGGAGGUCCAGAUGACUAUAAUGAUGAGGAAGCAUCUGGAACACCAAGAAGAUCAGAAAGUUCAGACAGCCUUGAUGGAGAUGAAGCUCAUGCUGAGUCUGAGCGACGUAAAUCCGCAGUUCACUUUAAUGAAAACGUGGAGUGUAUUGAAGUGGAGCGCCUCUGAUAUUGAGUGCAGUGUGACUCCAAAGAAAUUUCUGAGAGGGACCUAGUGCUUCAUUUAGCUCUGGUAAUCAUUACAGUUCCUCUUAACGCCUGCCUAGUGCUUGUGAUAGCAAAUUAACGCCCUUGAAGACUGACGACAUGGACUGUGAACCUGUUAUCUACAUGAAAUGCAUUGAUAUUAAUCAGAAUAAAGAUAAGAAAUAAGAUUUGUUGGAACUAUUUUUUUGUGGCUGUGUGAAUUACAAGUAUUUCCCAUAUUAAACAAGUACUUUUUUUUUUUGUAGCUGUCGGUUGUGUUAAUUAAUGAUUUUUGUGGAGACUGUUGAUACUAAUAAUUAGUUGGCUGAUGUUCUUUCAGUGAUUUUGUAUAUUCAAUAACACUGUUUAAUUUCCAUGUUUAAAAGUGGUUGUACCUUAUGACAGUUUGGUAGAAAAAUUUUAUAUGCUACUUGUAGUUUGUUUUUUUUUUUACUUAUAAUAUUUUAAUAUUUCAUUUCAUCAGUUAUCAUUUUAUUAUACACUGUUAGAAUGUAUAGAUAGAACUGUAAAUAAGGAAAAAUUAAAUAAUUUUAUUUAUGACCUAUUA